AUGGCAACUCAUCACGAACCUGAAGACGAGCCAGAGGAGAGAAUUACCGAUCUUCUAGCCUGGGGCAACGAUGUCGAAAUCGUGGAGCUCGACAAGUCUGGCCAUGUGCAGCAGCAGUGGCUCCAUGCCCACGACGGCCACGUCUUGCGACUUAAGAACAGAUCCAACGGCUUCUUCUCCCGCUCUGCUCGAGAAUGGCGCAAGGUCUUGUUUGACUCGUUUCUCCCAGUGGGAUUCCCGCACUCAGUCUCUAAGGAUUACUUGGCAUAUCAAAUGUUCGAUUCUCUCCAAGCCUUCUUUUCAACCAUCAGCUCUCUUCUUGCCAAUCGCGCCCUGCUUCAAGGUCUAGGUGUUGGAGAUGCGUCUUCUUCUGCGACGUUUGCCCUUCUUCUCACAAUCCUCAAAGAUGCCAUGUCUCGCAUUGCGACAAUCGUGUUUGCCCACCGCUUUGGCCUUCGUAUUGAGCCAGAUGCAAAGCGAUACCGUUUCCUGGCUGAUAUUUUCAACGACAGCGCCUUCUUUCUGGAGCUCUACAGUCCGUACCUUGGCUCCUGGGGCAAGGUGAUUGCGCUCAGCACUGGCGAAGCACUCCGAGCGUUAUGCGGUGUUGCCGCCGGUGCCAGCAAAGCGGCGCUGAGUGUGCAUUUUGCAAGACAGGACAAUCUCGCUGAACUGAAUGCAAAAGAAGCUAGCCAGGAGACAGCCGUAGGAUUGAUCGGAUUGCUUGUUGGCACAUUGGUCGUCAAGACGAUUGAAGACCAUUCAAGUGUCGUGAUCCUGAUGAUUCUCCUCGUCUUUGCCCAUCUCGGCAUGAAUUACCUCGGCGUUCGCAGUGUUUGCAUGACUACACUCAACAGACAACGAGCAACAAUCCUAUUUAGCGAGUAUCUCAAGAACCGCGUCGUCCUAACCCCCGAGCAAGUUGCAGAAAGAGAGAGUAUCAUCUUCUGGAGCCCCAUCAUGAGAAAUAUCCGCGGGAAAAAGGUGGUCUAUCUCGAAUUUGCUGAAAGCUAUGGCCAUGCUAUGAGCUGCUCCGAUCCGCACGACCAACUAAUCAUCGUCGACGGCAUCAAGCAUACCCGGUUCAUAUGCUCCCGCGUCCCCAAAUAUCUCACCCCCAUCAAAAUGCUCCUUUGGGAGGGAGCGCAGCCGAUAGACGCCAUACGGGCAUGGUUCGCCUCAAUGGAAAUCGCCUGGAUGUUUAGCAUUGCGGGCAGGGACAGGGACAGCGAGUUUGUGCCACAGUUCAGCAACCCUGAUCUCUGGGACCAGAUGGCGCAGAAAGGCUGGAAUCUGGAGGCGCAGGCUUUGGAGACAAAGGCUCCUACUCGGCUGCAGAUACGGAAGAAGCGA